AUGGCGGCCAACGCUCUCUACAAUGUCUACAAGUGGGUGAUCCCCGCCACCGGUGGCGUCUGGCUCAUCCAGAACUCCAUGUACGAUGUUAAGGGCGGUUCGCGCGCCGUCAUCUUCGACCGGAUGUCGGGUGUGCAGGAGAAGGUUGUCAACGAGGGUACACAUUUCCUGGUUCCUUGGCUGCAGAAGGCAAUCGUCUACGAUGUGCGGACGAAGCCUCGAAACAUCUCCACGACGACGGGGAGUAAGGACUUGCAGAUGGUCAGCCUCACUCUGCGAGUGCUUCAUCGACCAGAAGUUCCCAAGCUUCCUCAGAUCUAUCAGUCCUAUGGUACAGACUAUGACGAGCGUGUUCUGCCUUCGAUCGGAAACGAAGUCCUGAAAGCCAUCGUCGCUCAAUUCGACGCCGCCGAACUCAUCACCCAGCGUGAAGCCGUCUCGAACCGCAUCCGCACCGAGCUGAUGCGCCGUGCGCAGCAGUUCAACAUCGCCCUGGAGGACGUUUCCAUCACGCACAUGACCUUCGGCCGCGAGUUCACCCGUGCUGUCGAACAGAAGCAGAUCGCACAGCAGGACGCCGAGCGGGCACGCUUCAUCGUCGAGAAGGCUGAGCAGGAGCGUCAGGCCAACGUUAUCCGCGCAGAGGGAGAGGCUGAGAGUGCCGACAUCAUCAGCAAGGCUGUUGCCAAGGCCGGAGAUGGCCUGAUCCAGAUCCGUCGUAUCGAUGCCAGCAAGGAGAUCGCCGCGACGUUGGCUCAGAACCCGAACGUUACCUACCUUCCAGGCGGAGAGAGCAAGGAUGGUGGAAAGAGCACGAGUCUCCUGCUUGGUCUGCGGGGUUAG